GGCUGAUUUAAGCGAUGCAGCGGCAGGGAGAGAUGGAUCGAUCAGUCAUCAGUCACACACAGACACACUCAAAUCAUCGCCAGAGCAAGAACUCAUCGCAAAAAUGCACAGCACAUGACAUGCUCUGUUCGAGCAAUUCAUCCACAUACCCACCACACGAAGAGAAAGAACAGACAGACAUGCACACAACACACGCACGCCACACAAGACUGACUCACAGACAGAAAACACAUGGACAGGACACCCUACCCUACAGGCCUCUCUGGUCUGAGCUGAACCUUUCUUUGCAAACGUUUUGACUGCCUGCAGGUCAUCCCGCGGCCACAACUGCACCCACUGGCUGAGUCUCCACCGAAGCAUCAUCGUCUUCCUCGGGCCGGCUCACGCUGCUGCUGCCCUUGUGGUCGCCAUCGCCUUCUGCCGCCUGCCACUCGCCUCUCGCCGCCUGGCCUGCUAUCUCGAGCUCCUUCAAAUAGAGACCUGCCAUCUCGUCCAGCUGCAAAGCGCCUUUCCCCCUGCACAACUCCAGCAAAGGCAGCUGCAGACAACAAGAGAGAGAGACAAUGGCAUGGCACACACGGAUCCGAUCGUCACGGCUGUGUAUCCAUGCAUCCAUGCAUCCUUUCACACCUGUAAUGCCUGGCUCCAUGAGAAGGACAGGUUCCACGGCCCGCUCCCUUUGGCCUUUUUCAGCCGAUUGAUCGCGUUCAGCCUCGCCGCGGCCGCCGUCAGGUCUUGCCCGCCGCUCAGGUAAUUGGCCCCCUUCAUGGCAACCGGGAAGGACUGUUCGAGGACGAACAGGUUGGCCUCAGCGAUCUCGUCCACUGUGUAGGGCUUCGGACAGUCUCUGCCAGGGUUGACGAUGUUGGGCUUCAGAGUGGAGCCUUGCAGAUAGACGCCGUGGUCGACCAUGGCUUUGAACAACCCACUCUGCACUCUGAUAUUGACCUCGACGGCAAUCUCCAGGCCGUGAGAGCCGGAAAGGGAUAUAUCAGGCUCUACGAUCGGCAUCAGGCCCUCCGACUGGCAGAUCAACGCAUAACGCGCCAGGUCCUGCAUGUUGGCUCGAAUGGCCAGGUCGGUGGGGCAGCCCUUCGCCACAUCAAUCACCAAAGGGCUCCGCCACCUGCACGCCACGCACCACAGCAGCAGCCACGUGACGUGUCGAGAGGCCACAUCCACGAGAAGAGAAGCACACAUUCACUGCACUGAUGAGAUGCAGUCUUCUCUUCUGCUUUUCUUUUGCUCACUUGGCGAAUCUGGCACCCAUUUUGUAGUAUUCGCGACAUCGGACGGCCAGCGAGUCAAGGCCUUGCAUGACAGUGUCACCAUUGGUGCCAGGCAAUGUGUAGACCUUCAGGUGGGGCUUCACGCCGGGACAGAUCCCGCGAGACGCCAAGACGUCGGCGAACAGACGGCCGUCGGUACUGCUCUUCUGAUAAAGCGUCUCGGGAUCCUGCAGAAGAACGAGAAAUCGGUAAGCCGAGCCCCUGAUGCUUUUCCGUCUUUUCUUGACCAGUAUGGCUGCGGAGAGGUACUCGUCCGCCCCUGGCGCUUCGAAGAGCAUCUGUCUGUAUGCUCGCCGGGUCUCCUCAUCGUUGGCGAUGCCCACCGCAUCAAAGCGAGCCUGCGUUCAUUCAUCACACGGUCACACCCACAAAGUCACACGGUGUUGAUAACUGCUUGGUGUGUGUGUGGCUGCUCAUCAGUACACCGAUUGUGGCCGGUCCCUCAUCACAUGCAGUUAUCCCUUUGCCUGGCGUGGCCACGGCCGCAGCAGUCCGCUGAAGCUCGGCCCUCUCCUGCACACCACACACCACACACCACACACCACGCACUUGGCAAGCGUCGUACCAGAGAUGCGAUGAAUGAAUGAACGCCUACAGAUUCAGACAGAUGAGUGCCGCCGAUGGCCAUCCGGAGAGGCGACUGUCCACGCAAGGCGUUGUUUGUCAAUGUGCCGUCCCUGGCGUGGGAGAUCAGUGGUCCGCGCCUCCCAUGGUGACGGAUGAAAGCCUCACUGGUCGAGAGAAGUAUCGCCAGCGAAGCAAAAGAGAUUAGCAAAGCAGCAUCCAUGUUCCUCUAACGCCCUUGGGCCCUUCUGCG